CACACACACACACACACACACACACACACACACACACCCAUUUAUAUAGGCGGCGGCAGUGGCCAGGGCGGCGGCAACGGGCUCAGGAACGAUGGAGCUGAGCCAGCUGACCCCGGUUGGAAGCAAGUGAGGAGGACCCAAGCACACCCCGAGAUUUCUCUGCCCAGCGCUUGUCAUCUUUCCUAGACAGCCGUGCACCCGGAGGAGGGCAGGUCGGACUAAGCUGUGAAGGAGAGGGUGGAGAAGAGGAGGAGGCCAGGUGAGCAGAAGAGCCCUCGGCGUGUCUGGACAGCCCGGAUCGUUCCUUGCCGGACUCCUGCCCUCUUCUUGCUCAGGUGGGCGCGCCAGGUCCCUAGCUUACAAGGGACACUCAGAGGAGAACGGAAAGUCGCGGCCCGGCUGUGCGGGAUGCCUUUCGCCAAGCGGAUCGUGGAGCCGCAGUGGCUUUGCCGGCAGCGGCGCCCGGCUCUCGGCCCAGAUGAGGACACGAGUGGAGGUAGCGUUGAGCCGCCGCCCCUGCAGCCGCCUGACCGGCGGGAAGAGGCCGAGGCACCGGGGUCAGAGGAGCCUCCCCUUGUGCCCCCUGCGCCUCUCCCACUGCCACCACCUCUGCCGUCUUUGCCGGCGCCGGCCGAGCAGGCUCAGCAGCCACCGGACGAGGCGCGCGAGGCCGGGGAGGAGAGCGUGGCUGGGGUCCCGGAGGCAGCAUCGGCCACGGGCGAAGCGUCCACGGCUGCGGCCGAGGCUAUGCUGCUCAUGCUAGAUCUGUGCGCCGUCAGCAACGCUGCGCUGGCCAGGGUCCUCCGGCAGCUCUCGGACGUGGCCCGGCACGCGUGCAGCCUCUUCCAGGAGCUCGAGAGCGACAUCCAGCUUACUCACCGCCGCGUCUGGGCGCUUCAGGGCAAGCUCGGCAGCGUGCAGCGCGUCCUCAGCACGUUGGACCCCAAGCAGGAGGCAGUGCCUGUCUCAAACUUGGACACCGAGAGUAAACUGAGUACAUACUACCGUGCACCAUGGCACCAGCAGCGGAACAUCUUCCUUCCAGCUACCAGGCCACCCUGUGUGGAGGAGCUGCACCGCCAUGCCAGACAGAGUCUGCAAGCCCUGCGCAGAGAACACCGGAGCCGAAGUGAUCGUCGAGAGCAAAGAGCGGCUGCUCCCCUGUCCAUGGCUGCUCCACCACUGCCAGCCUACCCUCCUGCGCACAGCCAGAGGAGGCGCGAGGCCAAGGACCGCCAUUUCCUGACGUUUAACAGCACCCGCUCGCCCUCCCCCACUGAAUGUUGCCACAUGGCCCCAUGGAGUAGAAAGUCCCACUCUCCAGAGGAUGAAGACACAGAUGUCAUGUUAGGACAGAGACCGAAAAACCCAAUACAUAAUGUCCCCUCUACACUGGACAAGCAGACCAACUGGAACAAAGCGCUACCUCUCCCGACUCCCGAGGAGAAGAUGAAACAGGAUGCUCAAGUGAUUUCUUCUUGCAUUAUUCCCAUCAAUGUCACUGGCGUUGGUUUUGACAGAGAAGCUAGUAUACGCUGUUCUCUUGUUCAUUCACAAUCCGUCCUACAGCGGAGACGAAAAUUGAGGAGAAGGAAAACCAUCUCGGGGAUUCCCAGAAGAGUUCAACAAGAAAUAGAUUCCGAUGAAUCACCCGUGGCCAGGGAAAGGAAUGUGAUUGUGCACACAAACCCAGACCCCUCCAACACUGUCAAUAGGAGGUCCGGAACCAGGGACUCUGAAUGCCAAACUGAAGAUAUUCUGAUUGCUGCCCCAUCCAGAAGGAGAAUUAGAGCUCAAAGGGGUCAAAGCAUUGCAGCUUCCCUUUCUCAUUCUGCUGGCAACAUCUCUGCCCUGGCAGACAAAGGCGAUACCAUGUUUACUCCUGUAGUGAGCAGCCGCACAAGAUCUCGGAGCCUUCCUCGGGAGGGAAAUAGAGGUGGAGAUGCUGAACCCAAAGUUGGUGCUAAACCCUCAGCAUAUGAAGAAGGAGAGCCUUUUGUGGGUGACCAUGAAAGAACCCCUAAUGAUUGUAGUGAAGCUCCAAGCAGCCCAAGUGCACAGGAACACCAGCCUGCUUUGGGCCUGGCCUGCUCUCAGCAUCUUCACAGCCCCCAGCACAAGUUAAGUGAGAGGGGAAGGUCUCGUCUGUCCCGAAUGGCGGCUGACUCUGGAAGCUGUGACAUCUCCUCCAACUCAGACACCUUUGGAAGCCCCAUCCAUUGCAUUUCCACAGCUAGUGUCCUCCUCGGCAGCCACAUGGACCAGAAAGAUGACCACCAGUCGUCCAGUGGUAAUUGGAGUGGGAGCAGCUCCACAUGCCCCUCCCAGACCUCAGAGACAAUCCCUCCUGCAGCUUCUCCUCCCCUCACUGGCUCUUCGCAUUGUGACUCAGAAUUGUCACUGAACACGGCUCCUAAUGCUAACGAGGACACCAGUGUCUUUGUGACAGAACAGUACAACGACCACUUGGAUAAAGUAAGAGGCCACCGGACAAAUUCCUUCACCUCCACUGUUGCAGAUCUGCUGGAUGACCCCAACAACAGCAAUACAAGCGACAGUGAGUGGAAUUAUCUGCACCACCAUCAUGACGCAUCCUGCCGCCAAGAUUUCAGUCCUGAGCGUCCAAAGGCAGAUAGCCUGGGCUGCCCAAGCUUCACAAGCAUGGGCACCUAUGACAGCUUUCUGGAAAAGUCUCCUUCAGACAAAGCAGAUACUAGCUCUCAUUUCUCAGUGGACACAGAAGGGUACUAUACCUCGAUGCACUUUGACUGUGGUCUCAAAGGUAAUAAGAGCUAUGUCUGUCACUAUGCAGGCCUGGGCCCAGAGAAUGGUCAGGGUGUAGGAGUUCCUCCUGGUCUUCCGGACUGUGCCUGGCAAGACUACUUAGACCACAGGAGGCAGGGGAGACCAAGCAUCUCUUUCAGGAAACCAAAGGCAAAGCCAACUCCACCUAAACGUAGCUCAUCAUUGAGAAAGUCCGAUGAAAACACAGAUAUUUCUGAGAAGAAAGAACCAAAGAUAAGUAGUAGUCAGCAUCUGCCUCACAGUUCCAGGGAAAUGAAGCUGCCUCUUGAUUUCUCCAACACGCCUUCUCGAGUGGAAAAUGCCAAUCUGCCUGCAAAGCAGGACUCUCCUUGGAUAAACCAGAGUGAACACGCCGUUAAGGAACCUCAGUUGGAUGCUACAGACAUUUCACCAUUCAAAGACGAAGGUGCUGAAUCAACUCACUAUGCAGACCUCUGGCUUCUAAAUGACUUGAAAACAAAUGAUCCUUACAGAUCCUUAUCUAAUUCAAGCACUGCUACGGGUACCACAGUUAUUGAAUGCAUCAAAUCUCCAGAGAGUUCUGAAUCCCAAACAUCCCAGUCAGAAUCAAGGGCCACCACCCCAUCUCUUCCUUCUGUCGAUAAUGAAUUUAAACUGGCUUCACCAGAAAAGCUGGCUGGCUUAGCAUCUCCAUCAAGUGGCUACUCAAGCCAGUCAGAAACCCCAACCUCCUCUUUCCCGACAGCUUUCUUUUCUGGUCCAUUGUCUCCUGGAGGUAGCAAAAGAAAACCGAAAGUCCCAGAAAGGAAAUCCUCACUACAGCAACCGUCUUUAAAAGAUGGAGCCCUGUCAUUGAAUAAAGAUUUGGAACUCCCGAUUAUACCUCCUACCCAUCUUGACCUAAGUGCUCUUCAUGUUUUGAACAAACCAUUCCACCACCGCCACCCGCUGCAUGCUUUUACUCAUAAACAGAACACAGUCGGAGAUAUGCUUAGGUCAAACCCUCCACCGUCUCUUGCAAUCACACCAACGGUCCUGAAGUCCGUCAACCUUCGGUCUAUCAGUAAGUCUGAGGAAGUUAAGCAAAAGGAGGGCAAUAAUACAGAUCUGCCCUGCUUAGAGGAGAGUCCUGCGGCAGCGGCUUCUGUGACUUCCUUAUCUCCAGGUAAAACAAGGCCACACACAGCAAGGAAAUCAGUAUCGCGCCAGUACUCCGCUGAAGACACCUUCCUGUCCUUUUUAGAUGCCCCUGCAGUUGAAAUGGGGCCAGAGAAGCAUCUGGAAAAGAACCCUACUUUUGAUGUGAAGAAUCACUGCGAUUCAGAAACUGUAACCUCAGCUAGUAGCAAUCCCCCAGAUUCAAGUGUGAUGAAAGACCAAAGACAGCUGGAAAGUGAGCUUAUUCCAGAAAACACACCAAGUAAGAACUGUGGAUAUUCAACGGGAUUUCAGAGGGUGCCUGCUGCACGCCCCAAUGAUUUGGGCAGUAAAAUGAUGCAGUAUGGAGCAGGUCCAGAUGGAGUCCCACAACAAGGACAGAAGGCACCCUCUGGAGUUGGGGAAGAAGGUGUGAAACUGGAAUCUGUGGGUGGAAUCGCACUUCAAGCCAACUCACCAACUAGAGUAACAGACAUAAGCAGUCAACAUAAGCAUCAACGUGCUGUGAGCCGUCACCAUGACAAAGUGCCUGUGACCAUCCGCCAUGAGUCAGAGAUGUCAACUAUAAAUUCAUUCCCUGAAAAAUGUUCUGAGCAGGAAAAUAUUGUGUCAGGUAUUUCACCCAAAAGUGCCUCUGACAACAGCAGAGCAGAGGAGACCCAAGGAAGUAUGGAUGAGACGUCGUUGAAAGAAUCAUCACCGAGCGAUGACACCACCACUUCACCACUCGGUGAGGACUCUCCCGCUGAAGCUGAGGGUGUGUUUGUGUCUCCAAACAAACCUCGAACAACUGAGGAUCUAUUCGCUGUCAUUCACAGAUCCAAGAGGAAAGUACUUGGAAGGAAAGAUUCUGGUGACAUGUCUGUUAGAAGCAAAUCCAGGGCUCCUCUUGGCAGCAGCAGCAGCAGUGCCAGUUCUGUCACUUCACCCGGCAGCAAUGUGACAUCUGGGACUAGCCAGAGGUCUCCUGGUCUCAUCUACCGAAACGCCAAAAAGUCCAACACAUCCAACGAGGAAUUUAAGCUACUGCUUCUCAAGAAAGGCAGUCGCUCUGAUUCUAGUUACCGCAUGUCUGCCACCGAAAUCCUGAAGAGCCCCAUCCUGCCCAAGCCUCCUGGAGAGUUCACUUCAGAGUCCCCACAAAGCCCUGAUGAUACCCACCAGGGCACACCUGGGGCUGAAGCGCUGUCCCCUCUGUCCCCGUGCUCUCCACGAGUCAAUGCAGAAGGGUUUUCCUCGAAAAGCUUUGCCACCUCAGCAUCAUCCCGGGUUGGACGUUCCCGGGCCCCACCUGUGGCCAGCAGCAGCCGCUACAGUGUCCGCUGCAGGCUGUACAGUACGCCAAUGCAGGCCAUCUCCGAGGGAGAGACUGAAAACUCUGACGGGAGCCCACAUGAUGACCGAUCCUCCCAGAGUUCCACAUAGUUUGCCUGAGCCAAGAAGACCUCAGAUGUACAACCCCUUCCUGUUGAACGAAUGGUGUUGAUACCGUAGAGGAACUAACUGGGAGAAGUAGCAACAGGGUGGGGGAAUCGCAUCGUUGUUUGGCAAUGAACUUCUAAAUAUGUGCUGGAGAAACAGAAAGCGAUUGAGUCAUUUCUUUAUUAGUUUUCAUGUUUUAAGUAGCAGUUCUGUCUGUUGUGAUUUUCUUUAGCAUAGUUUGAUUUACCCGAUCUCAUUCCUUGUGAUAAUAAAGAAUACAAAAAUAUCUAACUUUCUUGAAACCUAGACAAGGUUUUCCCAGAGCUGCCUAUUCUGAAAAUAAAGCCCUCACUGUCAUACUUUAAGAAGAUGAAAUUACUCUGGAGGUUUGGUAUUUUUUUACAUUAAAAUGAACUAAAGCAAAAUUUAGAAGAAAGAACUACACAUAUGUAAAUACCAUAUUUUUGAUAAAAAUGUGUAAAUAGAUUUAUCAAUGAUGAGUGGACAAGUGGCCAAUUAUCUACCACAUACCAACUGUUUAUAGGACACACACAAAAUAUAAUAACUGUAUUCUGUGAAUACCAUUUUCAUAUCAAAUACCAUAUUUAAAUGUCCACCAACAUGAUUUCUGAGUGAUAAACCUCAAAUAUGAAUUUAAAACCGGUGAAAUAAUGGAAAUAUUGAGGUCAUGUACUGAAUUGUGAUUAAUUUAAAAUAACGAAUUCAGACCUAAUCAUUGUUGUGACAAAUUGUAGCAGAAACAAGCUAACCUGAGUUUGUGGCUGUGACUUGCCAUGUGGCAAUUUGAACAGAAUGAAAGCAUGCUUUUGAUUUUUUUUUAACCAAUGAGAGAAAUCAUCCUUCUCAAUGCAAAGAACCCCCCCUCCCAAUAGCAUUAAACAGUGUCCUUUAGAAUCUAAUUUUGUUUUUCAAUGGAUUGCUUUAAGAAGAAUGAGUAGAGAAACCAGUAGUUAAUUCUAGGUCAUGUUUUAUGUAAGGCUACUGGGGACAAACAGUCAUACUCUAAGGACUAGACUCGUUAAGCUUCUUAAUUAGCUCCAGGUUCUUAAACUAACAGAGAUAAAAACCUAAGCAUGCCACAGAGCUAUUGAAUUCUCAGUAAGCACCUGCCCUGUGAUGAGUUUUCAGUGAAGCUUUUUCUCUGUGCUGAUGAGAUUCAUGCUACCUAAAACUUAACAGAAAUGACACUGUGAACAAUGUAGUUGGGAAAUGAGUAUGUGUAUAUGCAUUAUUUAUAUUCACUCUUCACCUGGGCAUGGGGAGCAGCUCUGGUUCACAAUGCUACUAUAUACAGCGAAUUUUUGUCUGGUUUUACUAGAACUGCUUUGAUGGCAAAAGGGGAGGGUGGUGGGUGGGAAAGGCAAUGUCAGGGCAAGUGCCCUGAUAAAAUGAAGGCAGGGAAACAAGCUGAAUUACUUGAAGUUACUUGAAUUUUCUUGUCUUAAAACUGAAAAAAAAAAGUAUAGUAACAAGUUGAAAUCUGCAAGUGGUUCUCACACCUCUGAUUUUAACAUGAACUGAUACUAAUGUUUGAAAUCAUAUGUCAGAAAUAUAAGCACCUAUGUACUUAGAAUAGGUUUUGAAUGGGAGCAGUAGAAAUUAGAACUAAGGAGGGAUACGAUCUGUGAAAGACAAUGACAGAACACACCAGGGUUACCAAGCAAAUGAUAAGCAGCUGGCUUUAUGCUUAUGCAAGUGGUAUUUGAGAAAGUAAGAUGUAUGAAAGGAUUUACUCAUGGUAAAUGAAGGAGAAAGUAUGGUCUAAGAAGACACUGUCUUUCAAUAGAAAUUCGUUAUAAUAUUUACAGAUUAAGAAUUAAAGAAUCUGUUGUUGGUGUUUUGUUUGUUUGGGGGGAAAUGUCUGACUUCUUCUAUUAUUUGUUUUUACUGCCAAAUUGUGUUAGUUAAUUUCUUGUCAUUCUUGUAUGUAAAAUGGGUGUUGGGGGUGGAGGGAUAGAGGAGAAGACUGAGAACUGGGAGAGAGAAUGAGAGAGAGAGAGAGAGAGAGAGAGAGAGAGUAAGAGAGAGAGAGCGCGCGCAAGUGUGUGCUGGGGAUAGAUAAACUACCUGGUAAAGGGUUUGAACAUAUACAAAGUGUUACAAUUUUGUUAAAAGAAAAUGUUGGGGAUUGAAAGAAAUUUGACCACCAUUUACCAUUGGAACAUGUAACUCAUUACAAAACAAAAAACAAAAACAAGCAACACAUACACAUACACACACACACAACCAGCAUGGUUUGACAUCAUCUGGGGUCAUGAACAAAUCUGUCUCAUGCUUUGAAAAGUACACUCCACAAAAUUUUAAAAAUAAAAGUUUUUAGACAAAUGUGAUAAGGAACCAUCAUUUUCAGUCACAAUAGGUGAUCAUUUGUAAUUUUCAUAAAAGCAGUUCGUUUGCAGUAUGGCUUUUGUGUAGAUAGGGGGUUUUUUAGUGUGAAGAAAGGUAUAUGGGUUUUAAAAGUGAUUCUAAAUCUUGAAUAGAAGAACAUAAAUUGGCUUUAAUAAAAAUGUCACCUUUUAUUAUUGACAUUAAUUUAAGUAAUCAUAUCAUAUAUUUUUAAAAUACAUAUUUGACUUGAAUAGUGAGGCAAUAAGGUACCGUCGAUGUGAUGAUCACAGAACCACCCUUAUAAUAUAGUUUUACUUAUUUUGUUUACUCUAAAAAUCUAUAUCAGAGUUUCUCUAUUUUGUAUUUCAUAGAUUUAAAGAAAUCCCAAAUAAAGACGGAUUUUAGAUUCACUGUGGACAAGAAUAUUGAAUAAGAAAGUUUUAAAAGCAAGCAAAUCCUUUAAAAUUAGUCUUCACAGCUUUAUAAUAUACUAAACAAGACCAAGAUGUAGGUCUGUCUUUAACAUCACUGUCAUCUUGAAGCAGGGUACACACAUUAGGUAUUGUUUAAAAAAAUAAAAACAAACAAACAGACAAAGAACAAAACCAAUCGAAACUUCUUCUGUUGUUUGCACUGAUGCUAUUUUUUCUUCUGUGUUUAUCCAACACGUUUAUGUUGCGUGAGGGAAUUCUGUUUUACUUUCUUGCUUUUCUGGUGAUUCUGGUUUGAUUUUACUUGUUUUGGUUUUGGCUCAGUAGAGGACAUGGACUAGUAGCAAACAAAAUACACCGUUUGCUCUUGCCAGUGAGUACAAUCUCUUUAGUGGUGGAUGCUGAGAGGAUAAGACACUAACAAAGCUUGAAUUCUGAAGGUUAUGGUGUAACUCUUUUGGUACUAGAACCAGUUCGUGCUGGCCGAAAAGACAAUGGUUUUUGGACUUGCAUCCAUUUUGUAUUUUUGUAACAUUUGUAAAUAUGAACUUUUUAAAUUGUUGCAAAGAUGGUUUCUUUUGUAAAAUGUUUUCAACGUUUACAUUCAAUCCAAGCCUUUGUAUAUUUUAGAGCUGUGCAACACUUUAAGUCUUGUAUUUAUUUUUAGUAAAAACGGUGACAGUUUCAUUGUGAACCCCUCUCAAAAAAUGUAUCAGAACAGUUUGAUUCCCUAGAAAGUGUGUAUAGAGACUGCAAAUAAACGUGAC